GGGCGGCGCGGCCGGCGGCGGGAGCGGGCGUGCGGCGAGGCGGCCAUGGAGGAGGUGAGCGCCCGCUUCGUGGCGCAGAAGAUCAGCAAGGCCCGGUGGCGGCCCCUGCCCGCCGCCGCGCUGCAGCCGCCCGACGUCUUCGCCACCGGCUCCUGGGACAACGAGGAUAACCGGCUGUCCGUGUGGGCCGUGGGGGAGGUCGGCAGCGGAGAAUAUCUUGGAGAGCCUCAGCUGCUGUGCGACAUCGGGCACGAUGGGGACGUGAUGGACAUGCAGUUUUUGGAUCAAGAGAGAAUUGUUGUUGCCUCUUCGACAGGAAGCGUAACUGUAUUCCGUCAUCAUCAGAAUAACCAGACUUUAUCAGUCAACCAGCGGUGGGAAAAAGCCCAUUACCAUGUGGAUCAAGACACAUCUUGUGGUGGAGCAGCGUGUACUGGAGUCAUCUGCAACAAACCAGAAAUUGUCACUGUUGGAGAAGAUGGUAGAAUAAAUCUCUUCAGAGCUGACCAAAAGGAUGCAGUAAGGACUAUAGACAAUGCAGACAGCAGUACACUCCAUGCAGUGACUUUCCUUCGCACAACUGAGAUCUUGACAGUAAAUUCAAUUGGACAGUUGAAAAUAUGGGACUUCAGACAGCAAAGAAACGAGCCAUCUCAAAUAUUUUCUUUGACAGGUGAAAGAGUUCCACUGCACUGUGUGGACAGGCACCCCAAUCAGCAGCACAUUGUGGCCACAGGAGGCCAGGAUGGGAUGCUGAGCAUAUGGGACAUCAGGCAGGGUUCUAUGCCAGUGUCCCUCCUGAAUGCUCAUGAAGCAGAGAUGUGGGAAGUUCACUUCCAUCCCUCCAACCCAGAUCACUUAUUUACAUGUUCUGAAGACGGAUCUCUUUGGCACUGGGAUACUUCCACAGACGUAUCUGAAAAACCAUCUUUUCUUCAUCAAGGAGGAAGAAGUACUACGUACCUUUCCCACAACACCAUUAACCAGUCUGUUGUAUGUGCCUGGCUAAACAACGAUCCUACCAAAGACCGCAUGGAAAUUACCAACAUGAUUCCAAAUCAGACUUUGUCUGUGAAUAGUUUAGAUGUUUUGGGACCGUGUCUGGUAUAUGGAACCGAUGCAGAGGCUAUUUACGUGAACAGACAACUUUUUGCAUGAGACUACUCCAGUAUUCCUUUGAAGUGCUGAUGACCUUGAACUACUGGGCAAUGUUGGUUUCAUUUAGGUUAACUGCUCAGUCUGUUAUCAGCACGUGGGGGAGAGGCCUGCAGCUUGGUCCUGGUGUUGGAGCAGGAAUGUGAGUUAUCCCAGAUUCUGAAAGCUCUCACUUGUUACUGGUGCUCCAGCAUGGGUAACUAGGCAAGUUUACAGGUGUGCUUGCUCUCAUUUUUUCCCUAAUGCCUAUUUGAUUUUGCAGUCAGGUAGUCAGGAGGGCAAGAUAUACGUUGUGAGGUUAUUUCAGUAAUACACACAAGGCGAAGAAAAGAUAACCUUUUUUUUUUAAAAUGUAAAUACUGUUUUCCAAGUAUUAGUUCAAGGCCAAACUAUGGGGUUCUUUGACAUUCUUUUUAUGUCACAUGAAAGAGAUUGGGGUUUUUAAUAUGAGGUUUUGGUAUAUAUUUUGGGAAGAUAACUUUUUAUCCAAGCGCAUGAGAAUUGGAGAGGUAAACUGUUAAAGAUGUGAAAUGUGAAAGGUCCUAUAAGGGUUUUAACGUUAUAGUAGCAUUGUUUUGGAUUAUUUACAGCUUCAUCCCAGAUGUCAUAUGUUAAAUGUUGACCAUGAUAACGUACCGGGUACUCUCUCAGCAGAAGACUUUUAUAGUUAAGUGGUCAUAAAUGAGAGACGUGUUAGCUGUUUUCAAGUAUGAGAUUGAGACUUCCUAAAUUUGAGAGACAGUCUUGGUCAAUCCAAGUUUCACAUCUAGCCUGUUGCAAUCUUUGAAAGGUUGAUUUUAUGAUUAAAGUUGUGCCUACCUUUUGUUGCAGAGAACCCUUUCUCUUUUUAAUAAAUAUUUUGCACAAGAA